AUGUUUUUUUAAGUGUAUAAUCAAUGUAAAUAUGAAACUACUGAGCUUGGUUUUGAAGUUUCUAAUAGGUUCGGUUCAGUCAUAGUUGUAAAAUGAUGGAGACGAUUGGGAUUUCUUGUGUUACCAAAAUUGUGGCUAGCCUUGAAGGAUUGCCUAACACCAUUCAGGUCGAAAGACAAAAUGAAGGAAAAUUUUAUAAACUUUGCUAGAAAAGUGAAGGUUUGUAUCACUUCUUAUUGCUUUGGGGUGGACCAAAACACCUUCCAGUUCGUCCAACCAAGAGCUCAUCAUCCACCAAGCGACUUGUGAAAAAGCAUCCUGUUGUUGCAAAAAUAUGAGUUUGAGAUUACCUGGCCUUGCAGACAUGCAUGUUCAUCUCCGCGAUGGAGAAAUGAUGAAGCAUGUGGUUCCUACUGUUAAUCAAGGAGGUGUUUCUGUAGCUUACGUUAUGCCAAAUCUUGUUCCUCCUAUUACAACGGUAGAUGCUUGUUUGAAGUAUAAAGAAGAAAUCGAACGGUUGGAUCCUAAAACAAAAUACUUAAUGUCCUUGUACCUUUCUCAAGAGAUUACACCGGAAGUCAUCUACGAUGCCAGUAAACGUGGAGUUCGCGGAGUUAAAUCGUAUCCCAAAGGCGCCACGACUAAUUCCGACAACGGUGUAGAAAGUUACGAGCCUUUCUAUGCAACAUUUGCAGCCAUGGAAGAAACUGGAAUGAUUUUAAAUAUUCACGGAGAAGUCCCUGCUUCAACCAGUGAUGAUGUAUUUCAUGCUGAACCAAAAUUUUUGCCUACUUUAUUAGACUUACACAAACGAUUCCCCAAUUUGAAGAUUGUUCUCGAGCAUUGCAGUACCGAAGCGGCUAUUGAAGCUGUAUUACAAUGUGGACCGACUGUUGCUGGUACCAUUACUGCUCAUCACAUGUACAUAACUCAUAAAGAUUGGGAAAAAGAUCCCCAUUGUUUCUGCAAGCCUGUAGCGAAAACGGAAAAGGAUCGUUUAGCUUUAGUUAAGGCAGCUACUAGUAGAAACCCAAAGUUUUUCUUUGGAUCAGACUCAGCUCCUCAUCCUCAAUCUUCGAAAGAGAAGACGCCUCCUGCCGCUGGAGUUUUCACUCAAGCAUUUGAAGCAUCUUAUUUGGCAGAUAUCUUUGACAAGGAAGGAUGCUUGAACGCUUUACAAGAUUUUGCUUGUAAAUUUGGUAGAGAUUUUUAUAAUGUUCCCAUUGAAGAAUCAGCACCCUUACUAGUGCUGGAGAAGAAUCCUUUCACCAUUCCACAUUUAGUUGAUGACUGUUUAGUACCUUUCCGUCCUCGAGAGACUUCGAAUUGGCAAUGUCGUUGGGAAAACAGCACUUUAUAAACGGCAAAAUUACUUAAAGAGUGCCUUCCUGUGACUAUUGCUAUCCGGCUUAGCUUGAUGGUUUUAAUGGUUUUCAAUGUUUAUUGAGUUGUUGGUAAAACAUCUGAAGUAGAUAAUAGACUAUUUACUUUUCAAACAACUGCGUAUGCUCUUUCUCCUAAAGCUAAUAUUCAUUUCAAAAAUAAAAAUAUUAAUCUUUAUAAGUCUCA